CCUGCAGGCUUUGCUGGUCAGAACUGUGAGGAGAAUGUAGAUGACUGUCCGGGAAACAACUGCAAGAACGGAGGUGCCUGUGUGGACGGCGUGAACACCUAUAACUGCCGCUGUCCCCCAGAGUGGACAGGUCAGUACUGCACGGAGGAUGUGGACGAGUGCCAGCUCAUGCCCAACGCCUGCCAGAAUGGGGGGACCUGCCACAACACCCUCGGCAGCUACAGCUGCGUGUGUGUCAACGGCUGGACCGGCGAAGACUGCAGCGAGAACAUCGACGACUGUGCCAGCGCGGCCUGCUUCCACGGAGCCACCUGCCACGACCGCGUGGCCUCCUUCUACUGCGAGUGCCCCCACGGGCGCACGGGUCUGCUGUGCCACCUCAAUGACGCAUGCAUCAGUAACCCCUGCAACAAGGGCUCCAACUGUGACACCAACCCUGUCAAUGGCAAGGCCAUUUGCACCUGUCCCCCGGGGUACACAGGCCCGGCCUGCAGCCAGGAUGUGGAUGAGUGUGCACUGGGUGCCAACCCCUGUGAGCAUGCGGGCAAGUGCCUAAACACGCUGGGGUCCUUCGAGUGCCAGUGUCUGCAAGGCUACACGGGCCCCCGCUGCGAGAUCGACGUGAACGAGUGCAUCUCCAAUCCGUGUCAGAAUGACGCCACCUGCCUGGACCAGAUCGGGGAGUUCCAGUGUAUCUGCAUGCCCGGUUACGAGGGUGUGUACUGCGAGGUGAACACAGAUGAGUGUGCCAGCAGCCCCUGCCUGCACGAUGGCCGCUGCCUGGACAAGAUCAACGAGUUCCUGUGCGAGUGCCCCACAGGCUUCAGCGGCCACCUGUGUCAGUAUGACGUGGACGAGUGUGCCAGCACGCCCUGCAGGAAUGGAGCCAGGUGCCUGGAUGGGCCCAACACCUACACCUGCGUGUGCACAGAAGGCUACACCGGGACCCACUGUGAAGUGGACAUCGAUGAGUGCGACCCUGACCCCUGUCACUACGGCUCCUGCAAGGAUGGCGUUUCCACCUUCACCUGCCUCUGCCAGCCCGGCUACACGGGCCACCACUGCGAGACCAACAUCAACGAGUGCCACAGCCAGCCUUGCCGCCACGGGGGCACCUGCCAGGACCGUGACAACGCCUACCUCUGCUUCUGCCUCAAGGGGACCACAGGACCCAACUGUGAGAUCAACCUGGACGACUGUGCGAGCAACCCCUGCCAGGCGGGCACGUGUCUGGACAAGAUCGACGGCUAUGAAUGUGUUUGCGAGCCAGGCUACACAGGAAGCAUGUGCAACAUCAACAUCGACGAGUGUGCAGGCAGCCCCUGCCACAACGGCGGCACCUGUGAGGACGGCAUCGCCGGCUUCACCUGCCGCUGCCCCGAGGGCUACCACGACCCCACGUGCCUGUCCGAGGUCAACGAGUGCAACAGCAACCCCUGCAUCCACGGGGCCUGCCGGGACAGCCUCAAUGGGUACAAGUGUGACUGUGACCCCGGCUGGAGCGGAACGAACUGCGACGUCAACAACAACGAGUGCGAGUCCAACCCUUGUGUCAACGGCGGCACCUGUAAGGACAUGACCAGCGGCUACGUGUGCACCUGCCGGGGCGGCUUCAGUG